AUGGAGGUUACUGCUCGUGCCGCUGUGCUGCUCCUCCUGCUCAUAUCUCAGGCCCCGAGAGCCGUUCACUCACAGGAGGAGGCGGUUGUCCAGGAGGAGGAGCUGCAGGAGGAGGAGCAGCAAGUGAUCGAGACAUGGACGAGCAACGUCAAGGCCUGCACCUGUGACUGUGAGUCUGCUGACUCAUCCACAUUCACCCCCCAGGUCAUCCCACCUGUGCCGCAGGCAUUACUGCCACCGCCACCUCAGGGGCAACCACUGAACUGCAUGCCAGAAUGCCCCUACCACAGACCUCUGGGAUUUGAAUCUGGAUCUGUAACAUUAGACCAGAUCAGCUGCUCCAGUCAGGACCAGUACACCGGCUGGUACUCCUCCUGGAUCCCCGACAAGGCCCGCCUGAACAACCAAGGCUUUGGGUGUGCGUGGCUGUCCAAGUUCAAUGACCAGUACCAGUGGAUCCAGAUUGAUCUGAAGAAGGUGGGGGUGGUGUCUGGUAUCCUCACCCAGGGCCGCUGCGAUGCCGAUGAGUGGAUUACUAAAUACAGCAUCCAGUAUCGCACUGUGGACACUCUGAACUGGAUCUAUUACAAAGACCAGACGGGAAACAACCGGGUUUUCUACGGGAACGCUGACCGAUCCUCCACAGUGCAGAACCUGCUGCGUCCUCCCAUCGUGGCGCGCUUCAUCCGCCUGCUGCCACUGGGCUGGCACACCCGCAUCGCCAUGAGGAUGGAGCUGCUGAUGUGCAUGAACAAGUGCACCUGA